AUGGCGUCCGAUUCUUCAAUCACCACUGCUAGGCAGGCCACUCGCGAAGAGAUGCGCGAUGCCAAACUUCCCCUGGCUUACCGCGACAGCUGUGCCCACCUUCUUAUUCCGCUAAACCGGUGUCGCUACGAUACCUACUACCUCCCGUGGAAGUGCGAGGACGAGCGACACACAUACGAAAAGUGCCAGUACGUCGAGUUCAAGAAGCGCGUCGCCAAGAUGGACGAGUUGAGGGCGGCCAAGGGUGGAGCGCGGAGCAACUGA